AUGUCUGACAUUUUCACACACAUUGGUUUUAUCAUCAGUGGAAUCAAAGAAAAGCUCAGUGGUGUCAACAAUAUAGUUUCAGAACAAGCACCAGCUCAGCCAGAAAUCAAAUCUCCCAUCAUAGAAGAAAUUCGUAACAGACAUAGUGGGAGAGUAUUUAUUGGGCAACCAACAUGUCAUAGUUUGGGAGACAUAUUAAAAUCUUUCAAAAAGCCCAUUGAUAUUAUCAAACAAUCUAUUCCUUCAGGGAAAGGUAAGAAAAAUGAAAUAAUCCCAGAGUCUCCUGCUGAAUCAAGCAGUCAAGCACAAAGAAGAGAAGAGGCUAGAGUCCAAAAGAAAAAACUAGGAAUAGUACCAAAAGAUAAUGAAGUGAAUGAAGAUGAAUUAUUGCUUCUAGAAAGUGUCCAAGAGAAAAUCAAGAGUGUUUUAAGAUUAGAGCAAUCAAAGAAAAAAAGAAUUCAAUUUUCAAUCUUAUUACAAGCAACUAUGGAGAGGACUGUCAUGGAAACAGAUGAAGAUGGUGUUUCAUAUAUGAGAAAUCAUGAAGAAGAUCACACAUUCAAAACUACAAUGGAUUACAUCUUUAAUGAAAGUAAUAUUAAUGAUGAACUUAUAUCUAAUUCUUAUGACCAAAUAUGUCAAAUGAUUAGUAAAUUUAUUUACUUUUUAUCAGGAUAUAAAUUUAAGAAAGGAAUAUAUAUUGAUGUUCAAGUAGUGCAAUAUAUUAUUGCCAGAGUAGGAAGCUAUAUAGAGACUCCUAAAAAUCUCACAAACACAAAGGGAACAAUAAAUCCCGAUAACAGUGAGACCAAGGAUAAUAACUGUCUACAAUGGGCUAUAUGCACAUUUAAUGCAGAUAGACUCACAGAAGGUAAGCAAAAUAAUCUUCGAUGA